GGAAAGCGGUACGUAGCAGCGAGAGCUCUUUCUGGCGUACUCUUCCCGGGCUUGUGUCGUGAUGUGCUAAGGUGUUAUAAGGCGAGGCGCUGCGAGGACACGUCAUUCUUGUCCCAGGAUCUGCAGUGUACACACCUCACUUCAGCCACCUGUCCACCCUUCCCCUCCAGAGACAGCCCGAUGACCUUCCCUACUUUACCCUUGCUGCUGCUCCUGCUGGCUGCGCGGGGGACGCCAGCUAGGCCCAAGCUAGACGCCUCAUCCUCAACAAGACCGAGUCCGCUAACUGAGGUGAAGUGGUCAGCCUCCUGCUCCCCGCGCGUUUAGCUGCGGCCCAACCAAGACGCAAUGCUGGCCUGCGAAAUGUACGCUCCCAACGGCACCUCCCUAGUGUGGCUCAAUAACCAGAAGCAAAUCCUCCCGCAGGCUAAGGCGUCUCACCACUUACUGCCACCAUCGUCUGAGAUCGCUGUCUCCAGAAAAGGUCGCCGACGAAUUGUUCCAUACUUGCAUAUCUCCACCGAUGUUUAUAUAGACUGUGCCUCCUCCAAGAAUCAGGGUUAUUACUCUCUGAAGCUCACCACGCCCUCAGGACAUGUCUACACGCGCAACUUUACCGUCAUCCUUACAGGGGAGAGAGCGAACCCCGCCAUGACUUGCUACCUGGGUCAUAAGAGAGUGGAGCAGAUCCCUCGCAUAUGGCAGUACGCCCGACGCGCACGAGGAAAGCAUGGUGAGAGUGUGUUGCUGCCGUGCCGUGUGCUAGAACGAGGAGUGAACACCGUCACAACUUGGUACUUCCGCGGCAAGCGACUCAUGCCUGGUUCUAGUGGCUACAAGUACCAGGUCCAGCCUUCCGGGGAUCUCCUGGUGCUUGAGACGAAGCCGAAGGACGCCGGCCUCUACACCUGCACCGUGCACAAUGCACUCAUGCCCUACUUGUUCGACCGCGUGCACACCUGGCUCAUCUUGCCCAAGGGCAUGCCAGCCGCGCCGUAGGUCUGAGUGCGGAGUGUUGCUCGGGUCCUGGCGAUGAGUGCACGUAAGAGUUGAAGUCCUUAUCAUCAUCAGCCGCUCUGAGAUAUUUCUUCAAGUUCCACGGGAAAGUUUGAACAUUGUAUUGACUAGACACUGGAAAACCUAUUUUUUAAUCCCUUUUUCAUAUUGUUGGUGCUUGUAGAAAGUUGGUGCGGCGUCUUUAGUGCAGUAAAUUGUUGAUAUCACAAUUGAAAGGUUUCCACUUUCUAGAUUAGCGAACGAAUACACUGAAGUCCCUCCUCACAUGCUGUGUGCUUGAAGACACCUGUGACAGACUCGCCAAUGAUAGCCAAAACUCUUUCAACGCUUUGCUGUGGUAGUUUAAUCUCAUAACUGUUUAUGGCCACCUUUUAGAUUAGCAAGCGAGUAUCGUAUUGUUCCUCGCUGUGGAGACACUCGCGGCAGCCUGCAUGGGCAGUGACAACCAAUACACCCCUAUUUCCUUGCUAUUGUAGUCUAAUCCUGCCACUGCUAUGACCGCCUUUCUUCAACCUUCCCAGCACCGUAAAGACUGUUUGCAUGAAGACACAGGAGAGGAUAGAGGCAGAUUAGCUACAAAACGAUAGAAGAGUUUACAAUAUACGAAGUCCAUGGCUCGAAAGUUAAAGGCAUUUAUAAGAAAUAUCUGUCUAUUAGUGAUGAGAAACAGGGUUGAUUUUGUUCUUUUACGUUAUAAUACUUUUAAAGAGAGUUUGCCACGAGAACUGUGUCUCAGAAGUUAUUAUUAGGUAUUGAUAAAGGGAAUAUCUGUCUAGCAGUAAAAAGAGCCGUAUUCUGAAACACCUCUGUGCCGCGCCUUCACUGCUUGUAUUCUAAAGGCUCUACUUCUACUUGAAAUGACUCUUGUCUUGAAGGUUGUUUUUAUGGUACUAGUGGCAGAUUUAUAAAAUUUCAACAUCAUUAACAGAAGAAACAGCAUUGAGAACUAUGGUGAUCAUCUAUGUGGCCUUUGAAAAUAGUCGUGGCGAGAGAACAAAGCGUUUCAGAAUACAAGAAUGGGAAUGACGGAGUGUGUGUGUACGAGUGUCAGGUGAGGAACAUCAGUAUUCAGGAAUCUUUAGAUCUUCGUUUACGGAGUUUGUGAUGAAUUAAUACAUUUCUUCGUGAUCUUUGUUUCUUUAGCUAUUUUCAUUGAUCUAUUGUUGUUAUUUAUUUAUUUAUUCAUUCAUCUGUUAUUUAUUUAUUAUUUUUUUGCAUCAAUAUACGCAAUGUUCAUGUUGCUCAUCUGUGGCGUCACUGGAAACACCAAGUUGGGUCAUAGAGAGUAGAGUGAUUUUGUAAACUUGUUGUUAUUCAUGCAUCAAACUGCAUCUUUAUUUCUUUUCAUGUUGAUGAAAUAUAAUAUAUGAAUCUAUCAAUAAAUUACCUUCAAUGAAAGUAGUGGAAUACUGCGAGAGAACAAUGAUAUGACUCAUAUUCUCAAUGUUUACGUGUUUUCAGUAUGAUUGUACCUUUUAUUCAGUACAUCCGUAAGUUUUGAUAUUAGAAAAAUAACUACCACUGAUAAGGAUUAGAUGUAACAUUGUCGGAAAUAAGAAGUUAAGGUCCAUGUUUUCAUUGUUUUCCCUCUUUCCACUGUGAGUACAGAUGAUCUAGUGGAAUAUUAUCUAAUCAAUAUGUAUGUAAGUUACAUUUGAAGACAACCAGGGAUUAAGUUUUUAUGUAACAUCGGAGAAAAGUUGUAACACACUCC